GGAUGUAACGGACAAGCGGACUGCGCAUGCGCUCUUUAAACUGUCACUCUUCUGGCUUUCCGUAGAAAGCGAGUCUCAUUCGGAUGAAAAUGUCAUAUGUCAAAGUGGUAACUAUCCUCUACGAAUGUUAUAUAACAUCGUUUUAACAAAGAAAUACUAACUAAUCAUAAGCGGUUAUCUGUGGAGAAUAGACGUAUUGUUCUGUGUUUUUUAAAUGUAACAAAGAUCACUCAAUCGGUGCUGAAUGAGUCACAGCUAACCUUAGCAUGUUAUUAGCAUUAGCAGGUCAGGUGAGGCUACUUCUACCUCUUAAUUAGAAAUAACAUGUUUUAAAUGAGUUUUAGUUUCAUCUCUCGGUUUGAUAUUGUUUAGAUUUGUAUUUUUAAAGGUCAAACUGUCAGUCCAGCCUUAUUGUCAGUCGUCAUAGUCAUGUCGUUUGCCGCCAGGUGUCGCUGUGUGCCGGAGCUUCCGGUCUGCUGUGCGGCUCGGUGCUGGCUGCAGGUGAGGGGAAGAAGAAGAACUCCACACCUGUCCUCAGCCUGGAGGAGGUGGGUUUAGAAAUGAGUGAGACUGUUUUAAUAAGAUUUAUCAUCACUUAAGUGUGAAUGUAGGACUUCACAGAUACUCAUGGUUUAAUAAAUGUGGGAUUACCUGCUCAAUCUGUCACUUAACCUCCUGGAUCAUUCAUUUACCUGUUCUGAUCUUCUUAAAGGAAUAUUCUGUAAAAUUAAUUUAGGGUCAAACACACCAUAACACCGAGUCAGACACCCCUUCCAGAGAUAAAAGUUGCCGACCACUUGCUUUUCUAGUUAUACCAACUUUAGUAACGACUGCACGAUCAUUUUAUGCCGGAAUAUCCCUUUAACUGACCCAAACACGUUUAUAUUUCAGCUCCCGUCUUUAUACACCAGUCCUGAAGCCGCCUCUCAGUGUGUGGAGCCUGAGGUGGGAGAGCUGGAGCAGAGAGUGGCAUCUCUGAGAAAAUGGGCAGAACCGUACACCAACCAGUGUCAGGUGAGUUCAUGUCGUAACACCUGAUUUUACAUGUCAGGGGGGACAAACUGAGAACAGAAGAUAAACUCAAAUAAGUGCUGGGUUUGUGCACUGAUGUAGCUAUAACCCUUAUCCGGACUUUCUACCAACGUGAAAAUGUUAGAAAUCAAACUUUUCCUCUUUGUUUUUUUACAGCAGACGAGUGCAGCUGUGAUGGAGAAAGUUGAGGUCAGUGAGGUUUAUCUGAAAAUAAAACAGCUGCAUUAGAUGAAAAUAACCUCCUUCUUUCUCUAUUUCUGUGUGUGAUGACUCUUUUUGGACUUCAGGGAGUGUACAGGACCGUAGAGCCCACAGUCACCACGUCUAUGACCACAGUCACAGGUGAGAAAAUUCAGAGGCGUCAGAGCAACAAAAACUGAAGGUGAAGUUCUCAGGGCAUGCUGAGAUACAGAGGUCAUUAUCACUCUAUUUUUACAGCGACAUCAGAAAACAGGGAUUAUAUGAGCUUUCCAAGAAGUUUUAUUGUCAUAUUAUGGAUUACAUUCAACAAUGCAGUUAUUAGUGAUAAUGCCAAUGUUAGAUGUAGUUAGACCUUCAAAGCAGAUAUGGUGCACAGGGCUACGCACCAAUUAGAUGCCUAGUCGUCCAUUAUAUGCGAGUUCCUGUGUUUCUACACUCGGUUUCUCCUGACGUGUGAUCUUCAUGUUACAGCAGGUUUCAGAGAUGUGUGAAAGAGCUGCUUCCUCAACAAAGUUUUGCAGAACAGCUUCAGAAAGAGUUCCCUGCUCGGCCUUUUGCACUUUUCCAUUCUGCUGCUGCUCACUGAGCUGAGAUCCUGCAGAUGUUUUCCUCUAAUGGUCUGUUUUGAGGUGACUUCCCUCUCUCUUCUGCCCACAUGCAGCAGGACUAAAAGUUUCAGUCCAUUUAAAGGGAUAUUUCAAUGUUUUGAAAUGAGGUUGUUUGGGUUACCUGUUACAAUUUGUUUUUUUAGUCACAGUGGAUACGGGUCAGCUCGGCCUCUUUACUGAGAAACUGCAGAAUGAAACUGAACUCUAGACAUGCAAAAGUUUCUGCCAGACAGGCUCGGCUGAAACUUUUUCAGCACACUUUCCAACAGCAUGUAUCUCACACAACCCCACCUAAAAAAACACAAAAAUACUCCUUUAACUCUGCCAGUGUGUGCACCACUGUGAAUGCUGGGCUUCUGCAGCAUGCAUGCUCCUCCUCCCUGUCUGACAGGAAGGGUUUCAUGCUGUGAGGGUGCACAUGUGUGAACACUAAACUCAGGGAAGUUUCCAGGCAGAUCUCUGGAAAACUUCUCCAAUUUUCCAUCGUGCAAAAGUUCAACCAGUUUAAGCUUCUUGUAAUCCGACCUCAGGCCUCUGACCUUGGCCCCUCACCCACUCUCUCCCCUCUUCCUCUCCUCUCUCUUGUUUUUUCACAUUUUUCAGAUGUGUACCAGUUCCUGAGCGACCCUCCUCCUGACCUUUACCCCAGUGUAGCUGUGGUGGGCUUCUCUGGCUUCCUGGGUCUUUAUUUGGCCAAAGGUGACUUGGUUCACGUUUGCACUUCAACACAAACACACACACUGACCUGCAUUUCUUCACACAGAUGAAUGAGGUCAAAGGCUGCAGACGGGCUGCUGAUAACGAGCGAACAGGGAGAGAUAAAACGAAAUAAAGGUGCAGAGGGAUUAGUCUGCUCAGUAGUCUGAAGGAUAACAGUUAAAACUCGACUCCCGAGGUCACAAAGAUCUGUCAGGUUGAUCAGAAUAGUUGAAUCAGUUAUUUCUCUUUGACUCUGACAUCUGUUGAAACCAUCUCUGUGUGUCUUUCAGGCUCGAAGGUGAAGCGUUUGGUGUUCCCUGUUGGACUGAUGGCUCUGAGUGCCUCCAUGUUUUACCCUCAGCAGGCCGCCUCCCUCUUGAAGGUGUGUUACUGCAUCAUAGAGGAGACACAGAGGAGUUUUUGAGUCUUUUAAACCUGAUCAUCAAACUGUUAAGUAAUCUAAACGUAAAUGUUCUUUAUUUAUACAGCCCUUUACAGUGAACCAAAGUGCUUUACAAAAUGAAAAUGAAUAAAUAAAAACAAUAAAAAGCAAUGAAAGGAGUAGAAAAAGAAUAAAAUACAAUGCAAUAAAAUAAAGUGUCACCACGCUACUGGGUAUUAAAAGCCAGUAUAAAUAAGUAUGUUUUCAAUCGGGAUUUGAAAAGUCCUGGGUCGAAGCCUUGGACCAGCAACUGAAAAGGCUCGGUCACCCCAGUGUUUGUGUUUUGAUCUGGGCACCGCCAGCAGAAGUUGGUCUGACGACGUCAGAGCUGUACUCUGCUCUCACACGGUUAAAAGCUCAGUUAGAUAGAUGUGGGCGAGGCUGUUAAGAGCUUUAAAAACAAACAUUAGAAGUUUAAAAUCAAUCCUGAAAGAGACGGGAAGCCAAUGAAGGGAGCAAAGGACAGGAGAGAUGUGCUCACAUCUGUUAGUGUUAGUUAAAAGACGGGCAACAGCAUUUUGGACAAGUUGAGGGCGACUAAGAGAUGAUUCGGAGAUGCAAAAAUAAAGUGCAUUACAUUAGUCUAAUCUUGAACUGAUUUGAGCAUAGAUGGCUAUCUCAAGGUCGUGACGGCUUAAAAACGAUAUAACAGUGAGUAAUACCAAUGUAUCAGACCUUUUAUGACAGUGAAAUGUGGCGACGCUGCUGUUCUACAUCAUUACAUAAUGGAGCAUGAGUUACUCGCAGAUGAAAAAACUGCACGUUCAACCUGUUUCACAUCUUUAUUUCAAGUCGUUUCAUCUCUUUAAAUAUCCUCAGGAAACGUCUGUCAAAGCAGAAACGCUGAGAUGUGCUGCUUUAGGUGGAGAUUUAUUUUUAGGAGGUAGUUUUAUAAUUAUUUUUACGUCAGCAGAGCCACAGAGUUCAUUUUAGGAAAGAUCUGAACAGGAAAGUGGAAAAUCACACCCUGACUGACGUCACUGAGAGGAAAACUUUCCUCCAGCUCUCCCCGAUUCAAGAAAGUCGAGUUUGUUUGACCUGCAGCUCGUUUCCUUUUAGGAAAGGGUCGAGUUUCUCCUGCAGGAAGUCCUGGCUGUGAAAUGUGAAAACUUCCACUGAUGUCUGAGUGGGUUUUAUUUUAAACACCAUUUCAGCUCGAAGAGAGAAGCACAGACUCACCCUGAACCAUCGCACCUCACCUCUCUGCGCAAACAGACGAGCAGGGCGGGGCGCUGAUAUGAAAACACACCAUCAAAGAGACUCUGAACCUCUAAUUUGAAAUUUAAAUCACCUCUCUGAGCGGUUACUGGUGUGUCAUCUGUGUGUGCGCUCACCUGAUAGUGUCUCUUUUGUUUGUCCAGGUGAGUUGGGACUCUGUGAACACCUGGACUCAGCAGGGUCGCGCUCAGGUGGAGAAUCUCUGGAAAGAUCCUCCGUUUGGAAAGAAGAAGGUGAGAUUUUCCUGCUGUCCUCCCAUGAUUUCCUCCACAGAUUCUACAUUUCGGAAAAGUAGACUUGAUAGAAAAAAUAAUACAGAUCUUAAAAUUAUUAUUGUUGAGGAUCUUUAACGCCAGUGUCCGUGUUUCUUUUUUAUCCAGAAGAAAGAGCGAGCAGAGAGCAACGACACAAGCAGCUGAUUCAUCAGGAAGACACACGUCCUCUCAGAGACGCCGGCCUCCCAGUAACACAGUCACACCUGUAGACCUGCUUUAAACACACGUAUCCAGACUCACACAGACACAACCAGGGCUUUAUUGAAGUCUUAUAUCCCACUAACUUGAGGAUGAAGAUGUGUUGAAUGUCUCUCAAACUCGUCUGUUACCUCCUCUUUCUUUCCUGAACACCUUCACCUCUCUCCUGGAACAUGUUUUUCUCCUGGUCUACGUUCAGGUGAUCCAGUCAGGCGAAUCUCCUCUGUAAACCACCUCUACUCUCUCUCUCUCUUUUGUGUUGAGUUUCUCUAAAGUGCUUCAAAAACCCACCUUUGGUUAUUCUCCGACUCUUUCAGGACAAAUCAGUGAACCAGUUUUGAUUUUCAGCUUAGGUGGGACAACAGUCUAACAAACAAAGUCCAAGGAUCUUUGUGUUCAUUUAUAAUUUUAGAUGUUUUGAAUGUUUUUCUUUUUAAAUUGUAACAGGUUUACUGACAUGUGCAGCUGCAGCAGAUGUUUGUAGCUCAUCUGUAACAUAUGAAGCAGUAAAAAAAAGUUUUAUUUAAUUUAUUUUGAUAUAAUUUGACAUUUCAGACUCUUUACUCAGCAUCAGCUGGCUUUGCACUGUCAGAGAGGUCUACCGGGACACUGAAGUAAAGGGUAAGAUCAAAGUUUGCAAGUCAGUUAGGUUGUAAAAAUAAAACCAGCAGAGAUAGAGGACUGUUAUCUCGGCCUGAAGGACUUCAUUUCUCUUACUGGACUCAUUAAUAACAAGUUAGCUCUGCUCAGAUCACCCCCCAUGCCUUUAUCAUCUCUUAAAUUAAAGAUCAGCCUCUCUGUUAUUGUUCGUCUUUAUGCUGCUGAUUAUUCAACUACGCCACAGUGAAGGUUCGAGUGUGUAAUCCAGGUUUAUGUGUCCUUCUCUGCUUCUGCUGAUGCACUUUUAUGUUUGUCUCUUUCUGUAAUGUUAUUAAACUCGACAUGUGACUGAGCG